AUGAGUCCCUCUCCAGGUAGCAAUGGGUUGAAGAAGUUCACGGCAUUCCUGUCUGGACUGGCCUUGUACCAGCUCCCUCACAUAGCAUUCUCUGCUAGUAGGUACACGCUGGUGAGGUUCCAGGUUCCGUCAGCAUACGUGGGUCUUUUUAUCAACAGGAUGAUUAUCGCAUUCAGGAUCUUUACUCUCAUCACCAUUGGACUUGCAACUCUGUGUGAUCAGUUUAACAUGCCAAAUAUCAUACCAAUAGGAAAGGCAUCUGUUAUCUUUCUUGUAGCAGCAUUGUCAUCCGUACUUGUGGUAUACUGUAUUGGAGGAGAUCAGGGCUAUCUCACUCUCUACUACUGGACUAUUUGUAUCUCUUCUCUGGUACUUGGAGCCUGCUUUGUUUUUGUAGUAAAGAUCGUGUCGAGUGAGAUUGUAUACCUUAUGGCUGCUUUGCCCAUAACUGGUAUCAUAGUAUCGUCAUAUCACCUCGCCUUCUUGAUGAUCACCAACUACAUUACAGUCUCUGACAUUCCAUUCUGGAUCGUCUUUUGGCAGAUUAUCAUUGGGAUCACAAUAGUUAGUUUGACUGUUGUCAUGCUUUACGCAUCCUAUGGUGAUAAACCAGCCGGAAGAGACUAUGGAAAACUGUGGGAAACAGUCAGUACUCUCAUCAAUAUUGGACUAGAUAUAGCCGGUACAGCUCUGGACAUGGCUAGCAAGGUUCUUGCUAAAGUUACUGGUGCUAGUGGAGGUGCUCCAGCUACUAAGCAAGAAGGUUUUAUGGAGGCAGUUGGAAAGGCCUGGUCACCUCUUUUGCUGGUAGCUUUGGGUUAUGGUAUUCACAACGCCUUUUAUCCGGGUAUAGCCCCUUACAAACUCACUACAAUGACAAAGGGCUAUAACAUAGAAUUGACUGUUUUAUUCACUAGUGCUAUACCGCCAUUGAUUAUCAUAGUCUUGAAGGAGAGGGGUAUGGGUCCAAACAAACCAUGGAAUACUUCUGGAUGGCAUUGGUCUUGGCUAUUUUUCUUAUGCCAAAUUCUCUGUGCAGUGAUCUUCCUUUGGUGCCUUCAUUUCCCAUGGUGGGCUAUAUCGAAAGCUGUAAAGGGUAGCAUGGCACUUUUAGGUUUUCUCACCGUUACAUAUGAUUUUUGUGCUCAGUCCGCCAGAAAUAUUGGAACGAGCGGAGCCUCCAUGCAGGGCGAAAAUAGUAAUUCAAGCAUGGACACACUAAACACAUUCUUUUAUUCUGUCACACAAGUCAUCUUUGCUUUUCUGGGUGACGGUUACCUCAGAGUAUACUCCAAGUAUGAGAAGGAUAGAAACAACUGGCCUACCAAACACUAUGGCAACUUUAGGGCAUUCCGAUAUUGGAUUUGGACAGCCACAAAGGUAUCGUUUAGUAAUAUAGGAACCGCAUUUACCACAGAUGUUAGAGGUGCUAUUCAGACAAAGAAGGAGUUUCUCUUUAUUGUCUAUUCUGAUGACACUGAUAAUAGUAGCGAGCCACCUAAGACGAAGAAUCCUAAGGUCAUGAAGAUAGUUCAUGGUAUUUAA